AUGACAAACUAUUUGUUCGUGCUCUUUACUCGACUUGAGGAUCUUGAAGCAGACGAUCAGACCUUAGAGGAAUUUCUAGCACAGGCUGAUGGUCAUCGUUUUGUGGCACAAGAACUACGACUUGUUUUGCUUGGUAUUUCUGGUACGGGGAAAAGUUCAUCUGGAAAUUCUAUUAUUGGAAUGAAAGUCUUUAGGUCUGGUUCCGCUACAUCAAAGUGUCAGAAAGGAACUGCCUCACGCUUUGGUCAUGAUAUCGAGGUCGUCGAUACUCCAGGUCUACUGAAUACUGCCCUUUCGGAAGAAGAGGUCAUGAAAGAGAUUAUGAAGAGCAUUACCAUGUCAGCUUCAGGUCCUCACGCAUUCGUCAUGGUUCUAAAAAUCAAGAGAUUUACUCCAGACGAGCAAGCUACAAUCCAGUUAUUCAGAGAACUGUUUGGAAAACAAAUGAUUCAAUACCUGUUCCUGUUAUUUACUGGUCUUGAUGAUCUUGAAGAUGAUAACAAGACUCUAGAAGAUUUUGUACAUUGUUCUACCGGGCCACUACAACAACUGAUCCAAGAAUGUGACAGAAGAUACACUGCAAUAAAUAACCGAGAAAGGAAUGCCAUGGAGAAAGAAAGGCAGGUUAAGAAGCUGAUAGAUAUGAUACUGUCUAAUGUCAAGAGAAAUGGUGGUCAAUAUUUUACAACAGAACGUUUGGCUGUGAUAGGAGAGGAGGUUCGUAAACGUGGAGAGAAACUACGACAAGAGCAAGACAAGAGCAAGAGAAAUCAAAGAAUCCAGAAAGGUGUGUGUACAGGACAAGUGAUGAUAGACAUGAUCCAAACGUCGAGGGGUGAAACCGAAGAAACGGAGAAAACACAAAAUCGUCACAGAAUCAACGCAGCAGACAACCAAAGAGAGAAAGUAUUCACCAGAACAGCAAGAAACCAAGCUGGAGCAGAAGCCGAGACAGAAAGGAUUCCUGAGGAACAAUCUUUCUGGAAAACAUAUUGCCAACUUCUUUAG